GCUCAAUACUCUGCCAGUUCGACCAGUUAGUGCAAGGAAUAAGUGCGAUUUCGAGUAUUUUCUCCGAUUCAGUAAUUUUCUAGGAAAGAAAACAUGUACUUCAACGUCCUGAUUGCAGCGAUCUUCGCCCUUCUUGUCGAUUCAACUUUGGCCUGCAAUGGAUACAAAGCAAAAAUAAAAAAAUUAGAAUCUUGCAACCCCGAUAAUGUCGUCAAAGUGGACGAUGGAUUUUCAGUAAAGCUUUCCAAGAAAUGUGAGAUCAUUCCAAGCGGUUGCAUUUCCACAAAAGGUUUUUCUACAGCUAAAGCAACUUAUAGCUUGGAGAAAGAUGGGAUCACUAUCAAGGAAGGCACGGUUGAUCUCUGCGAAGCUGCUCAUGAAGUAUCCAGUGAAGCCAAGAAUUUGAUGAAAGUAUUUGCAAUCCCUGAUCACUGUCCCGUUGCCGAGGGGAAAAUAUGCGCUAACGAGAAUACUAAAGCUGAUAUAAGCAAAUACAAACACAUGAUGGGAGUGGCCAGGGGUAACAUUGUCGUCAGUGCAAAAAUCAAGCAUGACACUGGUGAGACCUGCUUCAAAAUGGAGAUUGAAAUCUCAAAAUAAACUGCUUUUGAAGUAAUUAAGCAGAAAUUAUUCCAGUUAUCAAUAUGAACUGUUAUCAAGUGAUAAUAAAUUUUUAGAAUGCAUUGAAAGUGAGUAGCGUCGUGCUACUGGCAAAUAAAAUAAAAGUUGUAUUGUUUCAACCCAA